CGCCUUAAAAACCGGAGCUGACACUUCGGUCGCCGCCGCGGUGAGCAGGAUCCGACGUCGCUGCGGUUACCCUUAACGACCUCGCAGACCCCCCACAGCCAUGGCCAGCAAAGGCUUGCAGGACCUGAAGCAGCAAGUGGAGGGAGCGGCCCAGGAAGCCGUGACUGCGGCCGGAGCAGCGGCUCAGCAAGUGGUGGAUCAUGCCACAGAAGCAGGGCAGAAAGCCAUGGACCAGGCGGCCAAGUCUACCCAGGAAACCAUCGACAACACUGCUAAGCAGGCCUCUGAGACUUUCUCAGGUCUUGGGAAAAAAUUCGGCCUCCUGAAAUGACAGAGGGGAGACACGGGUGACUCUCCUCCAAGCCCUGAGCUCUGGUCAGCGGCUGCCCCCUGGCCUCAGCCUCAUUAAAGCACGUGUUCCUA